AUGCUCCUGCUAUAUUCUCCCUGUUCUUUGGCUCCCGUUACUCGUUUCCUCGCGUCGUCCACGAUCGCGCUCCCUUCUGUUCGUCGCCCAUGCUUCCAACCGUCGCUCCCUUCCAUUCGCCUCCCUCCCUUCCGUUCGUCGCCCUCCCUUCCGCGCGUCGCCCUGCUCGUCGCUCUACCUUUCGCCCGUCGCCCUCCCAUCCGCUCGUCGCUCUACCUUUCGCCUGUCGCCCUCCCAUCCGCUCGUCGCUCUACCUUUCGCCCGUCGCCCUUCCAUCCGCUCGUCGCUCUACCUUCCACACGUCGCCCUCCCAUCCGAUCGUCGCUCCCGUCGCCCUCCCUUCCGCCCGUCACCCUCCCUUCCGCCCGUCGCCCACCCUUCCGGCCGUCGCUCUCCCUUCCGCCGCCGCUCUCCCUUCCGCCCGUAGCCUUCCCUUUGUCUCGUCGCUCUUCCUCCCGCUCGUCCCCUCGCAAUCCGCGUCUUCCUCUCUCCCCGUCGCCCUCGCCAUCCCUCCCGUCUCCCUUCCCAUCGCGCUCCCUCUGUUCUCUUCCCUGCUUCCCCCCAUCCCCUUCCCUGCUUCCCACCAUCCCCUUCUCUGCUUCCCCCCAUCCCCUUCUCUGCUUCCCACCAUCCCCUUCCCUGAUUUCCCCCAUCCCCUUCUCUGCUUCCCCCCAACCCCUUCCCUGCUUCCCCCCAUCCCCUUCCCUCCAUCCCUUUCCCUGUUUCCUCCCAUCCCCUUCCCUGCUUCCCCAUGUCCCCUUCCCUGCUCCCCCCCCAUCCCCUUCUCUGCUUCCCCCCAUCCCCUUCCCUGAUUUCCCCCAUCCCCUUCUCUGCUUCCCCCCAUCCCCUUCCCUGCUUCCUCCUAUCCCCUUCCCUGCUUCCCCCCCUCCCUUUCCCUGCUUCCUCCCAUCCCCUUCCCUGCUUCCCCAUAUCCCCUUCCCUGCUUCCCCAUAUCCCCUUCCCUGCUUCCCCCCAUCCCCUUCCCUGCUUCCCCCCAUCCCCUUCUCUGCUUCCCCCCAACCCCUUCCCUGCUUCCCCCCAUCCCCUUCCCUCCAUCCCUUUCCCUGUUUCCUCCCAUCCCCUUCCCUGCUUCCCCAUGUCCCCUUCCCUGCUUCCCCCCAUCCCCUUCUCUGCUUCCCCCCAUCCCCUUCCCUGCUUCCUCUCAUCCCCUUCCCUGCUUCCCCUCAUCCCAUCCCCUUCCCUGCUUCCCCCCAUCCCCUUCUUUGCUUCCCCCCAUCUUCUUCUUUUUUUCCCCCCAUCCCCUUCCCUGCUUCCUCUCAUCCCCUUCCCCCCAUCCCAUCCCCUUCCCUGCUUCCCCCCAUCCCCUUCUUUGCUUCCCCCCAUCCCCUUCUUUGCUUCCCCACAUCCCCUUCCACGCUUCUCCCCUACCCCUGCCCUGCUUCCCCUCAUUCUCUGCCCUCCCUUCCCUUCUCUCCCCAUUCCCUCCCCCUUUGCUCCCCCUCUUCCGCGCAGCGAGCCAUCGAAGCACCGCAUCCAGCAGAUCUUCGACUGGAUCUGCCCCGAGGCGAACCCCUUCACACACACCGCCACCCCGCUCAUGGAGCGGUACUUGCCCACUCCGCACUUCAGCGGGUUCUGCGAGAUGGGCUUCUCUUCUGGUGGAGCUGCGAGACAGCCUCCUGUCGAGACUGCUUUCAGCCUCGCCUGCUGCCCCAUACUUGGAAGCUGCUCUGCCUGACAGCCAACACUGUGCGGGCAAGGAUUUGA